CCAAUCGGCGACGGAGGUGGGAAGCACCGCCCCCCGCCUGCCGCCCGCAGCCCCCGGAGGCGAGAGUCGCGGUGCCGGCGCCUCUUGCCAUGGGGGCGGGAGCGGGACCGGGCGGCCUCCCCGUUUUCUUCCGCCUCGUGGGGCCUGUUGGGCACUGCCAGUCAUGACCCGGCCGCUGGGCGCGGGCUCGCCGUCGCCGUGCCCGCCCGUCACCACGUCCCGACGCCAUUUUAGGCCGGCGGCCGCGGGCAGAGAGACCGCCCGAGACUGCAGAAACCAGUGCAUUACAGAGUUCUUCAAACCAGUUUUAAAACAAGACCUUGGCCAUAAAGACAGAACUGCGUUGUGUUCACCAGACAGAGGAAAUGUGAAAGAUGGAGGAAUCGGAUUGUCGGCUUUAUGUGCUGAACGAUUUGAAAAGAAAGUAUCCUCUCCAAAGCAAGUUAGAAGAAAAAAGAUGCCAGUCCAAACACCAAACACAAGUCCUGGGCUAGAUGCCUUUCGAAGAGGAGUUAAGGGAAAAAAGGACAAUGGGAACCUGUUGGAGAACAGCAGAGCAUGCAGGGCAUUGAGUUCAGGAUACCCUAAGGUUGUGAUUCAAAAACUCCUCAUAACUGCAGGGUCUCCCAGCUGUUUGUUGGCCAAAAAAGAUAAAAUUGUCAGGCAAGAACAGGGAAGAAAUGAGAAGUGUCCGGGUGUAACAAGGACACCGUUGUCUUGUGGAAAUAGUUGGGAACAGAAGACUGACUGUGUGGAUCUAGAAGAGACCAGUUCAGACUCUGACAAAUGGGUUUCACCAUUAGAAGCUGAUAGUCGAAAAACUUCUGCUAGAAAUAAUGGCAAUGUGAGCAGCACAUCUCUGUGCCAAAACCCAGGGCAUUCCGUGAAAUUGCCGUGUGCUCCAAGUGACUCUCAAUUUAGGUUAUCGUUGGAAGCUCUCUGCAGAGAAAGAAAGCAGAAGAAACGUAGAAUGAAACAAUCUAAGCCACAUCCAGUAAAGCCAUUCUCAGGAACAAGUUUAUCGCAUCAGGGAAAUGGAUGUCCCUUGAGAAAAAGAUCACAUUCUGCUUCUUGGGAGACUGCCUCAGGUAGAAGCAGUGCCGAUAAUAUGGAAUUAAUUAAUCAAUCAGAUGAUCCAUCUCAGUCAAAGAAUGUUUCAAAACCUGAGGCAUCAUCUUCAAAUCUACUGAGACCAUCAUCUGAAAAAGCCACUGUUACGUGGAAAAGCCAGUCUUUUCCAUUGCUCUGCCUUAGUUCUAAGACAUCUUCUAGGCCAUCCAAACAAAAAGACUUUCCUGGAAAAAGAAAACGCACUGCCGUGAAUUUGGAUGCAAACAGUUCAAAUCAGUCUGUGGUAGCAAGUUUGAAUGACCCUCUUUUUAGUAGAUCAUCUGAACAGGGCAGAAAUAGGAAGUCUGACUUUGUAAAAAACAGCCUCUUAAAGUCUCCGUGUAAUGGUGUUGGGCAGCUAAUGGAGGCUGCUGCUCUACCCAGACACGAUUCUGCUCUUUCAGAGGAAUAUCUUGACUCAAGCCAUGAAAAUGAGAAAAAUAAUUCCUCCUCUGUAGGUUUAUCAUCUUCAUAUUCUGCACACAGUCCUAAUAAAAAUAACCAUGUUUCUGUUGUGAAUACCAAAGAUCAUCAAUUGCAGGUGACCCACUCACGGUUUUUCUUGGAAAAGUCCCUUUCUCUUUCUCAGGAAAAAGCUACUGUGUUGCCUUCUCUCCACCACUUAACUCAAACAAACACUGUAUUCACAAAAGACGUGAAAGCUCAUCUUCAAAAUGCUGACUUAUCUCAGGUAUCGGAUGCUACAAAACAGCAAAAUGGAAAAAGACCAGAAAGACCUGCACUUUGUGAAGCUGACAGUACUGAACUUGGCAACAGUUUACCAAAACCAAAAGGAAAAACAUUAGAAAAGACUUCCAAUUUGCAUUCAGUAGAAGGUCCUGGGAAACUUGCUCUCUCAGAAGGGACUGGUAAAAUUGUUCCCUGUUCAUUAACUUUUAAAGAAGGGUGUGUAGAAAGUGGCCAAAUGUCUUCACAGCUCUCAGGAGAGUUGAAAGUUGAAAACGCCUGUGUAGAGACAUCUAAGCUGAACAGCAAAUCAAAGAGUAGUAUUGAUAGUGAAGAUGAGAGUUUGGAAUGUGAUCUAGAUGAUGACGAUGAUGAAGAAAUAUUCUUGCCAUUACAAGCAAUUCUGUCUUCAAGUCCCCAGCCACAGAUGGAAACCCUGGAAGGAGACUGUCUUGAGAAUCUUUCGCAGGACACCAUGAGUCCAUCACUGAAGCUUCCUCUUUCUAAGCCCCCCGUUGUUAGCCAGGUGUCAUACGUGAACAGCUUAGAGCAUCUCUUGAAGGAGAAAGAAGAAUCUAAAAGGGUAGAUGAACUAGAAAAGCAGUUACAGGAAGACAUACAGGGAAGAGAAACAAAUUCUUCAGAUGGAGAAGAUGAGGAGGAUGCCAAUGCUGAUGGAGAUCUCUCAGAAGAACACAGGGCAUUUAUACAGAGAUUUUCAAUAACAGCUCAUGCCAUACCCGACUACCACCCUGGAGAAGAUAUAUUUGACUUAGCAAAAUCUGGAAAAAUCUUCAGUCAGCACAACCUUGACUUGAGGAAUUUUUAUUUCGUACCUCAAAAUCCUAUAGAAAAACUCCUUCUUAGUUCUGGUGCAACACAGCAGCUCUCUUUAGCUAUUCAUGGCUUUCUAAGUUCUGCUUACAGUUGUAUCUUGUGUCCCAUACCAAUUCUAAAGUGGCUUUUCCAGAUGAUGUCUGUUCAUCCUGACUAUUGUGUUUCCACACAGAUAUUAGACAAAUUGAUGGAAAUAACACUAAAAAAUGCUUCCAUCAGUGAUGAACAGUCUAAACCAUGGAUUCCUUCACUAGCUGAUGUGUCAGCUGUUUUUGUCAAUAUGGGUGUUGCGUUUAGAUCUCUCUUUCCAUUGCAGCAUCUUCAGCCCAACUUUAACGAGUGUGAUAUUUUAAGUCACAUGCAAGAAACAGCGGGUAAAAAACAGCUAAGAGGAGAUCUCAUCACUGCUAGUCCAGCCUUCUCCACUCUACCAGAAACCAAUCUAAUUAAUGUGAUCAAGUUUCUAGGCUUUUGUACAACAGUGUAUCAAGGUGGAUAUACUGAUCAAGAAAUACUGCUGCUGCUUCUAUCGCUAUUUAAAAUAAGCUUGGAGAAACAAUUAAAGCAAAUUCCUUUGAUAGAUUUUCAGUGCCUUUUCAUAAAGCUUCUGAAAAGUAUAAAAGCCUGGGAUACAAAGAUGCCUGAGCUCUGCCUGGCAGUGAGUGAACUCUCUAGUCAGCACCAUAACCUCCUGUGGCUGGUUCAGCUGGUCCCUAGCUGGAUAAUACGUGGAAGGCAAGUAAGAAGACGACUUAGCCUAGUGAUAAUUUCAAAGCUUCUUAAUAAAAAACAUAUAAGAAUACCCGAUACCAGUGACGAGCAGAUGGCUCUUCUGCGUCAGUAUCUGGUGUACAUGAAACCUUCUAGUCUACUAAAGAGGACAAGAGAAAGAUUAGAGCAGCAGAAUGAUGUCAAUGGAGAGCACCUUCAUACAGAACUAGAACAGCAGACAUACUACCUGGUCUACAUCCUCCUUCAUCUGGUCAGUGAAGCUAGUUUCUUUGAUGUUGUAAAUUCUAAUCAAAGGCAACACUUACUGAAGCUUUGUGGUGCCUUAGAUAAGCACAUAAAAUGUGAUAUUAGGGAAGAUGCAAGGCUGUUUUAUCGAUCUAAGGUGAAAGACUUGGUUGCUAGGAUAUAUGGCAAAUGGCAAGAUAUGAUACAAAACACUCGGCCUACUCAGGGAAAACUGCAUGAUUUCUGGGAGCCAGAUUUGUGAAACCUUGCCUAGUUCAGGGAAAAUAGCAGAGAAAUUGAACAAGGAUCUUUUCUGAAGCCAAGGAAGAUGUAGAAUGAAUGGAGCUACGCCUUGGUUGGAACAGAGGAAAUCAGAUACCUGAAUUAAAACAUCCCUUUCUAUAGCCCUGACUGAAUGAAUUAGUCAAUAAUUUUAUCACAUUGAAAGCUGAGGGAAGUUUUCUCAUUUGGUUUCUAUUGGCAAUCACCAGUACAUAAGGUCUUCAAAAAUGUCUUGUUUUCUUGCCUAUAUGCACCUGUAAGUAUUGGUUCAGCAUGACUAGGAAAGAACUGCCGUAUAAAAUGAAACAUGAUUUCUGAAACAGUAUUAGGUCUCUCCUGUUGCGAGCAGGUGAGGAAAUAGUUCAGAAUUGGGCUGAAUAAUGGAGUUACCUGCACAUGUUCAUCUACAAAGCAGAACUGGCAUGACCAUACAGCAUCUCUAAACACUGCAAAACACAGCAGUUGUGUGUGAGCAAGUGACUGCUCUCUUCUUUGCUUGCGGGUGGAAGCAGAGCUGAACAGUGCCUGUGCCCCAACAGGUAGUUAAUUGGAUGAUGCUUUGCUCCAUGGCUGUGGUUUAUCAGGUAAUGGAACAGAAUUUUUCAUUACAGCGAUGCAUUCAUUUUAACUUUCGCAUCUUCAGGCAUUGGUUUGUUUUUAUUCAAUCCAAUGCAGAUUUGUGAAGAUGAGCAUUUGGCCUGUAUAUGUAAAAAUAACUGUGAAAGCCAUAUGAGGUCUGAAAUCCUUUAUGCCAAGUGUUGUCACAUAUACGAUGUGUGCUCAAAGCUCCCAGAGCUGUUUGUGGAAUGAUCAAAGGAAAACGUGGACUCUUUGUGCUUUCUGUGCAAAUGCCAUCAUUUAAAUCUUACACUGUUUUGUCUGUAGGAUGUGUGUAUAUAUGAACAAUAAGUUAAGGUAUUGGAUAGAAGCACCAACUGGGAUUCCCUUAAAAAGUGAGAUUUUUAAUAAUAGCUACAUGUGCAUUUUAUAAUACUGUUUCCUUUUAAUUUUUGUAGAUUACUCUGUCUUGUUUUGUAUGAUAGACUUACUACAACUUUUCAAAAUGAAAAGGUAAAAUAAGGUUCAAAUAAAAAAAAAAAACACCAAAUCUAAAUAUGUACAUUAUAUAUAAAGGAACUGCUAUAGAAUAGACACAGGGAAGGUAUUUUAUUUCCAAACUUACAUUAAAUGUUUUGUCUUUCAUUUCAAGUGUUAGUGAAUUAGCCUAAAACCGCAGCAUCUCUGUACCCUUCACAGGAUAAUCAGCUUAUCUUUGUUAGAACAAGACUUAUGCUGAUGGCAAUAUUCAGGAAGAAGGACAACCCCCCCCUUUUUUUUUUUAUCUCAACAUGUCAUUUAAGAAUUGGAAGAAUCUACCUCAGAGGGUAUCUUUAGCCAUAGAACUGCUUUAGGCUUAAAAAAAAAAAAAUAUAUAUUACUUGGUGUUGUAUAGCGAUGGCAAUGCCAUCCUCUGCUCUGUCUGUCUUUGAUAAUGUAUCAGCCUCCUCCCUGGUAGCAGUUGGUUACUGUGUGAAUAUAUUGUAUGAAAUUUUAUUAAUGUUUAUAUUCUUCUCACUAACAUUGUAUAAAGUUUAAAACAGUACAGAAUGUUUACUGUAUCUAAUGUAUAUGUAUUUUCUUACUAUGUAAAGCUGAAGUUACUGUCCUGUACAUUUUGGGGAAGGAAAGGGGUGGGGUUUAGAUGAACAGCUUUUGUAUUGCAGUUCAAAGCACACUGAAACUGCUGUUUUCUUUCCAAACUAAAUCACCACUUUGACAUUUUUUUAUUUAAUAGACCAAUGAAAAAAAAAUAGACAUGCUUUUCUAAUUAAAUGUCUCUGCAUAAAAUGGGCAUGCAUCAGCUUCUAGUUCACAAAAAAUGGCUGCAGGUCCUGUUUCAGUCAUACUGUGGUCAUUGUAGUUCUUAGGUUCGCAGCUCUUUAGCUUACUAUAAAUGGAGAAAAAGUCUUGAAGUAAUUCCUAGCUCAGACAGUUCUAUGUUUUCCUGCUUAAUGCCUCUGUAUAUAUUCUGGCAUUUUCCCUCUCUCUCCUGCUCCCAGUUGCUCUGAACUCUCUUCCAUCCAUUUUGUAGCUGACUAGUAAUUCCCAGGUGUUGAAGUCUGGAUCCUGAUUCCACUGGAGCCCAUCAGUAUCUUUACAGAGAUGAUCCCAAAGCGUUGCUGCAAAGUCUUGCAAGGGACUGCUGAGCUGAGUACUGCUUCAGGAUUCCUGGAAAUGAAAUAGCAAACUUGUUGCUGUUGUGUUUUGCUGGCUCAUUUACUGGCUCCCAGCCAGAAGUUACAUGUAUUGAAAAGGCUGAUUGCACAGUAAAUGUCUUAACUACUUUGGUUGUCUUCAGAUAAGCAUUUUGCACUGAGGUUUAUCUUUUUGAUAUUAUGCUAGCUGUAUUAAGAGCCAUGUUAUCUCAUUUCAUGUGCAAUUAGGUGCACUUUAUUGCAGUAAUCACAGUCCAGAAAUUAAAGGCUAACUAUAAAAUAUA